CAUGCUCUCUCCGCUCGGCCCACGCCGCUCUCCGCUCGGCCCCCGCCGUGGCUAAGAAGUCGUCUCUCGGCAACCGCCGCUCCCGCCAACGCGGCUCGACCGUCACCUCGGAGCUGCUCGAGACAGUGCAGCACGGAGCUCCGGGUCGAGAAGGAGCGGCAGGACAAGGAGCUUUGCGCCUGGGGAAGAGGGCUCGACUGGCGCCCGUGGGAGGCGGUGGCCCCCACGUCGGUCGAAUGCGGAGUGUUCUCGCUUGACCUCUGA